GGCUCCGUCCACCUCACAGUUGUUGGUUCUUCUGGAGCCGGGAAGUCAUCUUUUAUAAACGCCGUUCAUGGCCUAUCCAGCGGUGACUCCAUCGCCGCACCUACGGGGAUUGUUGAAACUACCGCUACUGUCACGAGAUACUCAGAUCCAUGCCCAGACUCUCGCAUCGUCUGGUAUGAUGUUCCCGGGGCAGUGACUCAAAAUGUACCUGACUGGCAGUACUUCAAAGACUUGGGCCUCUACAUCUUCGACUGCAUCAUCGUGUUGAUUGACAAUAGUUUCUUGGACUCCGACCUCGCCAUCCUCCGCGCAUGCGAGGAAUUUGCCAACUUCAAGGCGUUCAUUGUUCGCUCCAAGUCGGACCAGCACAUU